GAAGUAGAGAGUUUACAGAUGAGACACACGCUCUGUGCACAUGAUAAGACUUUCUGGUGGAUAAUAGAGCCGUAGCCCUUGCUAUGUGAUUCUUUUGCAGAAGUCUGAACCUCAGUUCAGUUAUUUAAAGUUUUUGAUCCUCAACAUUUAUUAAGAGGCUCUUCAAUUGAGAAGCUAUGGGGAACCAUCUUACUGAAAUUGCUCCCAAUACAUCUUUUCUUCCCUCCUUCCAGACCUUGCACGUAGUUGUCAUAGGAUUGGAUUCUGCAGGGAAAACCUCAUUGUUGUACAGACUGAAGUUUAAGGAGUUUGUCAAAUGUGUGCCCACCAAGGGGUUUAAUAUGGAAAAAAUCAAAGCCCCUGUGGGAAAUUCAAAAGCGAUUACUUUCCAAGUGUGGGAUGUUGGUGGUCAGGAAAAACUGAGACCCUUGUGGAAAUCCUAUACUAGGCGGACUGAUGGCAUGGUUUUUGUUGUAGAUUCUUCUGAACUGGAACGUAUGGAAGAAGCCAAAGUAGAACUACAUAAGAUCACCAGGACUUCUGAAAACCAAGGUGUGCCUGUCUUGGUCUUGGCUAACAAACAAGAUGUUACAGAUGCCCUAUCUGUCACAGAGGUAGAGAAAUUGUUAGCCAUUCAUGAACUUGGUACUUCUACCUUGAGUCACAUUCAGGGUUGCAGUGCUGUGGAUGGCAGGGGUUUGCACCAAGGACUUGAAAAACUCUAUGACAUGAUUCUAAAGAGGAAGAAAAUGUUGAGACACAGCAAGAAGAAGCGAUGAGCUGAUUUCAUAAAGUGUUGAUUCCUAACAAACACCAAGGAGGACUUCUGCUGCUUCAAGCUGGCAGUGCCCACAAUACUAUGCUAGCAAAAUGAAUUGCAGGGCUCAGUCUCCUGCAUCUUAACAAUGAUGGUCUGAGGACCCUUAUAUAGAACAGUGUUCUUGCAUUCUAUCCCAGCACUAUCACUCUCAGUCCAUCUGGUUGCAGUGAUUGUCUUUAUUGAGCGGUACAUCUAGGAUCCAGUAUGCAAACAAGCACAGGAAAUAUAUUUAGAUGGAGACUGAACACUUCUUUUUUUUUUCUUCUACACUUGGUUACGAUUUAGACUUGGGGAUAAAUGGCACAAAUACUCUGCCUAUCAUCAGGCUUUUGCACGGAAACCUAAAAACAUUUAAUAACCUUUUUUUCACUGAGGAUCUAAGACUUGUAAUGCGAAUGAGGCUAUUGUAACAUUUUAUAGACUCAAUGACUAUUUGCUAACUUUAUUAUAUAUAUAUAUUUUUUUUUUUUUUAAAUUACUUUUUUGGGGGUAUUUUCAGAACCUCACUGCUCCUUCCUUUUGGAAUGGAUGAAUGCUAAUGUGUUUUUGUACAAGCCUUGUAUAUGUUUGUAGGAUUAUCACUUAAGUUAUUUAUAAUAAAUAAAAUGAAAAUUAGUCUAAA